UUCCUCUUCUACCAAAGCAUGGGCGGGGGAGAGAAAUUAGGAGCCCGAUCACCGGUCUCCUGUUUUUCCUCUCCUGCCUUCUCUUCCAAAUUGGCAAAAGAGACAGUGCGUCGUCUUCUUCCUCAUCCAAAGCCAUGGUGAAAGCACUGCUUUGGAAGAAAAGAAGGAAGGAGAGGAAAGUAUGCCGCCCAGCCUGCAGCCAUGCUACCGCCGCCACCACUUUGGAAGAGAGGGAAGGAGAGGAAGAGGAGAAGGACGACACGCAGGCUCCUAACGUCCUUGCCAUGCCUGCUACGUCGGAAAAGAGGAAGGAAGGAAAGGAAAAAGAGAAGAACACGUGGGGGCUCCUGAAGUCCCUCCCCCCCCUGCCCGCCUGCUCGCUGCCAACAGCCUUCAGAAGCAGCAGCAGCAGCCUUCCUCCUCUUGGCUGCCCGUCCCCCAUCCGGGGCCGGAUAAAUGGCUUCAGCGGGCCGCAUGUGGCCCGCGGGCCUUAGUUUGGGGACCCCUGAUCCAGAUGAUCACAGUAGAUAAUCUACAUUAUCUUCUUUGAACAGUAUUAUGUGAGUUCACGCUGCCAUGUAAUCCAUUUCAAAUCAAAUAAUGUGGAUAAUGUGAUAGAGUAGAAAGGGCCUUAGAGUGCAUCUAUACUGCAGAACUCAUGCACCACCUCAACUGGGAUGGCUCAAGGACGUGGAACCAAAUUUUCAUGCCAUUGGAUCACUCUUCUGAACAAGUGCUUGUUCUAACUAAAGUUGAAACUCUGCAUUAAGAUUCAGCAUACUUUGAAAGGUGCUAGUUUGAUGCAAAGAUUGUGCUAGAUGUAAAAGGUUGAUUUCCCCUACAGUUACGUGAAAAUUAUGGCCCUGUUUUCACCAUCCAUUUUGGGACACGUCCAGUUCUGAUUUUAUGUGGACACCAAGCUGUGAAGGAAGCCCUGAUAGACAAGGCAGAAGAGUUCAGUGGAAGGACUACCAUGCCUUCAAUGGAGCCUUCCUUCCAAGGAUAUGGAAUGGGCUUUUCCAAUGGACAACGCUGGAAGGAAAUGCGUCGGUUCUCUCUCACUGUCUUGAGAAAUUUUGGAAUGGGGAAAAAAUCUAUAGAAGAGAGAAUCCAAGAGGAAGCCCAAUUCUUGCUGGAGGAAUUUCGGAAUACGAAGGGAAAGCCUUGUGAUCCCACCUUCCUCCUCAGCCGUGCAUUCGCCAACAUCAUUUGCUCUAUUGCUUUUGGGAACCGUUUUGACUAUGAGGACAAGGAAUUCCAGGCCCUCAUGGUGAUGGCAAACAAGUUCUUCUGGGAGAUGAGCACCUCCUGGGCCCAGUUCUAUGACAUGUAUGCCAACUACCUGAAUUACAUUCCAGGAAUCCACAAUAAGCUCUAUGAUUGCAUGGACAUGAAGCUCUUCAUUGCCAAGAGAAUCAAGAAGAACCAAGAGACCUUUGAUCCUAAUUUCCCACGGGACUAUAUUGAUUGCUUCCUCAUCCAGAUGGAAAAGGAAAAAGACAAUCCACACAGUGAAUUUAUUAUGAAGAAUUUGGAGGUCAACAUUCUUAAUCUGAUUCUUGGAGGAACAGAGACAGGCAGUUCUACCAUGAGAUAUGGCUUCCUGCUUCUGAUGAAAUAUCCUGAAGUGCAAGCAAAGGUGCAAGAGGAAAUUGAUAGAGUGAUUGGCCCCAAUCGUGUCCCAAAUGCUGAAGAUCGGCGGCAGAUGCCGUAUACAGAUGCUGUUAUCCACGAAGUGCAGAGAUGCAGUGAUGUUCUUCCUAUGGAUUUGGUCCACAUGGUCAUUCAUGACACUGAAUUCAGAGGAUAUCACAUCCCUAAGGGGAUGACGGUCUACCCAUUACUCAGCACUGUUUUGCAUGAUCCCACAAUGUUUAAAAGCCCCAAUGCUUUCAACCCAGAGAACUUCUUGGAUGAGAAUGGAUGCUUCAAGAAGAAUGAUGCCUUUGUGCCUUUCUCCUCAGGGAAACGGAUCUGCCCGGGUGAAUCCUUGGCCCGCAUGGAACUUUUCCUCUUCUUCACCACCAUCCUGCAGAAUUUCCAAUUGAAGUCCCUUGUGCCCCCUGAAGAUAUUGAUCUCACUCCUCAGAUGAGUGGCUUUUACAACAUCCCACCCUUUUACCAGCUUUGCGCCAUCCCACGCUGACCCUGAGGUUGCUUUCCCCCACACAUGGAAUAUGAUUGUUCCCAAAGGAACGGGGGUGUCACCUAUUUUGGGGUGGCAUGGGAUGUCCUGCCCAGCACCAGACUCAAAUCACCAGUAAUUCUACAUUACAAAUUGCAAUUUUUUUGGGUACCUUUCCAACAAUGUAUAAGUUACUGUCCUAUGCUUUGGAGUAAUUUCUUAUUUGAGUGACUGCAACCUUACUUUUGCCAGAUAAUCCUGUCUUUGGAUUCUGACCUUGGAAGCCAACUUAGGUCUUGCUCCAGGAAAAGGUGACAUAUAAAUAAGUAAAUAUGGCAGUAAGCACAUACAUAAAUAAAUAAAUAAAUAAAUAAAUAAAUAAAUAAAUAAAUAAAUAAACAUUUUGCCACAUUGUCACUUUUGUAUAAAAUGCAGGAUAAAAUUAUCCUUUGCACAACUUUGAUAAUUUGUGCUUGCUUUAGAAGUUUAUACUUUUAUUUCUCCUAAACUAUCAAGUAUUUUUAUGUAAUUUCUAAAGAAAUAUGAUUAUAUGUAUGGGUCAUUGAUCUUGAUUUUUACAUAUUCCAAUUUAAAGUGAAUAUAUAAAUAUAAAUGAUAUUUCAAAAUUCUGUAUCUUUUAUUCUAAUCAACGUUUUUGUGAAAUUUGAAUACAAUUAUAGAUUUUA